GGUCACAGCUGAAAAAAGGAAGCUAAGCUAAGUUAAGCUUCUUUUGUCAGGGAAGACAUAAGCAGCUACCAUGGUGGUCAUCACAGAGUUCCAGAAGAUUGGUGUUGGUCUGAUGGGAUUCAGUUUGUUUUUCCUAAUCUUUGGUGUGCUGCUGUACUUUGACUCUGUCUUGCUGGCAUUUGGAAACAUCCUGUUUCUGACCGGCUUGACAUUUAUCAUUGGCAUCAGAAGGACCGCCCAAUUCUUCUUUCAAAGACACAAGUUUCGAGGUUCUUUGUUCUUCCUGGGCGGAGUCUCUCUGGUACUGUGCCGUUGGCCAAUCAUUGGAAUGCUAUUAGAGAGUUAUGGCUUUGUUCUUUUAUUCAGAUCCUUCUUCCCCAUGGCCUUGGGAUUUGUGGUGUCAGCUGUGAAUAUUCCCUUCCUCAGUGCAUUUAGCUCCAGCAGCUCCUCCAUGGUCUGAGCAGAUAGAAGACAUCUUACAGCAACGAGGAAGUGUGUGUUGGGGACAACUAUUUAUUUUAUGAUACACAGGAGGAAUAAGUUAUUUUUUACAAUGUUUUAUAUUUUCUAUAUUCUGAGGUUACAAUUACAACCAAGCAUUCGUAGAAUGAGCUGCUUAAAUGUGAUAACCUUAAACCUUUUACCAAUAAAACACAAAUCCUGGAUCUA